UCUGAAUGUAAUCAAGAAAUGUCGCACACACACAUCGGUGUCAUGUAGCUCCCAGAGGUCAGGAUGUGCACCUGGCGCGAGAAAUCCCGCAUCCAAAAAGAUAUAUAAGAACGAAUAAAUCUUCCUAUCCAUAACCUCAACAAGAGUCACUGCGUGUCUAUUUCUUCCGCUCAUUUCUAUCAGAAUAGUAUCACUUCGCUUGGGCCGGUCCCUUAUUCAUUCAUUAACUUCUCUUUUCAACUUCCAAAAAUGAAGCUCUCUCUUCUCGCCAUUGCGGCCAUCGCACCGUUUGUCUCGGCUCAUUACUUCUUCGACACCCUGAUCAUCGACGGCCAGGAAAGCUCCCCGAACCAGUAUGUCCGCUCCAACACCCGGGCUGCCAAAUACAACCCAACUAAAUGGGUCAACACCCGCGACAACAUGACCCCUGAUAUGCCUGACUUCCGCUGCAACAAGGGUGCCUUCACCUUCGCGGGUCAAACUGGCACGGCGGAGGUCAAGGCGGGUUCCAAGCUUGCCCUGAAGCUUGGUGUUGGUGCUACUAUGAAGCAUCCUGGCCCUGCGCUGGUGUAUAUGUCCAAAGCACCUAGCACGGCUAAGACAUAUCAGGGCGAUGGCGACUGGUUCAAGAUCUAUGAGGAAGGCGUCUGCGACAAGAACAAGGACUUGAAAAGUGACGCCUGGUGCUCUUGGGCUAAAGAUCGCGUCGAGUUUACAAUUCCUGCGGAUCUCCCUGAUGGGGAGUAUCUUAUUCGGUCCGAGCACAUUGGUGUUCAUGGAGCACAUGCUGGUGAGGCGGAGUUCUAUUACGGCUGCGCUCAAGUCAAGGUUGUCGGUGGUGGAAAUGGACGCCCUGGUCCUACUGUCAAGUUCCCCGGUGCUUACAAGAAAGAUGACCCCUCGUUCCACUUCAGCAUCUAUGGUGGGUACAAGGAGUAUCCUAUGCCUGGCCCCGAAAUCUGGAGUGGUGCGUCGGGAUCUAAGUCCUUCUCAAAGGCGGUUAACGUCAAUGCUGCCGAUGCUACUUCCGAGGGUACCUUCGGCCACCGUGAGCACGCUCGUGACUUUAGGUACUGA